AAAAAAAUACAGUGUUGCCAAUCUGAGCUCGAAUGGUUUCGCGUUGCAGGUUCUGUAUUUCAGUGUUUAGUUCAAAACAGUUGUAAUUACAGCCGGAAAGUUAAACUUUCAGUUUCGUCUAGUAUCAUUAGAAUGAAUGUACUCUAUAUUAGACCGAUUACCGCUGUGAACAUCGGAACAAUCCGAUGAGAGUUAUGCGUUGAGCGGCGGUGCAACUCCACCUCAGCGCACAUUUUGCUGUGUUUGUGUGCAUGACGUCAAACUGUCAGCUGGUCAAUGUUUACAUCCAGAAUUUAGGUGACAUGUAUUGAGUGCUUCUGGGGCAAUACUUCGCACGACUGGUACUUUUAACAUCUUUUUACCAACUAGACAUUUGGAGAAACGUCGAUAAAACACUCCGUAUACGGUAGGCCUACAAGCAACAUUGUGAUUUCUUUGUCUGGUGCGGCUUGACCACAUUUGCCCUUCCUUGUUGUGCACUGCGUUCUUUGCACUCGACAAAUCAUCAAAGACAAAGUGCAGUGCAAAGAUGGGAGGGGCAGUGAGUGCGGGGGAAGACAAUGAUGAGUUGAUUGACAACCUGAAGGAGGCUCAGUACAUCCGUUCAGAGUUGGUAGAGAGUGCAUUCAGGGCCAUUGAUCGAGCUGACUACUACCUAGAGGAGUUCAGGGACAGCGCCUAUAAAGACCUAGCCUGGCGACAUGGCAACAUUCACCUCUCCGCCCCAUGUAUCUACUCUGAGGUGAUGGAGGCCUUAGACUUACAACCUGGAUUGUCCUUCCUUAAUCUGGGCAGUGGCACAGGCUAUCUCAGCACAAUGGUGGGCCUUAUACUGGGUCCAUUUGGAGUAAACCAUGGGGUUGAGCUGCAUACAGAUGUCAUUGAGUAUGCAUAUCAGAAACUGGAGUUCUUCAUUAAGACAAGUGACAGCUUUGACAGGUUUGAGUUCUGCGAGCCAUGCUUUGUGGCAGGAAAUUGUUUGGAGAUUGCCCCUGAGAGCCGUCAGUAUGACAGGGUGUACUGUGGAGCCGGUGUCCAGAAGGAACAUGAGGACUACAUGAAAAAUCUUUUGAAAAUAGGUGGAAUCCUUGUCCUACCCCUUGAGGAGAAGUUGACCAAGAUUACACGGACAAGCUACAAUAGCUGGGACACCAAGAAGAUCAUAGCAGUGUCUUUUGCCCCCCUGGUGCUGCCCAAACAUAGAGACAACAGUAAACCAAGAGCAGUGCCUUUACCCGCCAUGUUUGAGGUGAGGAAUCUGCAGGACUUGGCUCGUAUCUCCAUCCGUCAUACCCUGAAGCAGACAGUGGUGGGUGUAGGGGCGGGGCCUCUGCCCAGGAGGAGGUUAACACGUGGUGGUGGGGAAAGGCUCAGAAAGAGGCGGGCUCACCAGCGUGGUUCCACCUUACUUUCCAACCGCUACGUCUUUAUGAGCCGUCUGAUCCCUGAGCCCAUGGAUGACAACAACAACUUCUCUGACAGCGAAGAGGAGGGAGAGGACUGCAGGGCCAUAGCAGAGCCCAAGGAAGAGGAGGAGCUCGAUCAAGACGAAGAAGAGGAAGAGAGAAGGGAGGAUGGGGCUCUCUUGAUUGAAGCUCCAGUUAACCAGCUGAGAGAGAAGAUCUUGGGUCUGCCUCUCCCUGAGCCACUAAAGAUGUAUCUGUUGCACUACAGAGAAAAGUAAUGCAGGGCUCAAAGGCUAUGCAUUGCUGUUCCCUUACUCGUUCCCGUGCCCCGUCUGGAUUUGUUGUGGGAAAUGCAGAUCAAAUAGACUAGUAAUACUGAGUGGCUAUGAGUGUAAACCAUUUACCAGAGACAGUUCUCUUUCAAUUUGGAAGAUGAAGUGGGUUAGAAAAUUGGACAGCACCUUGAACUAUCCCCAGGCCUACAGCCCUUCCUUCCCCCUGAACACUGGAGUCCUCCCUCAUGUCACGGCACCAGCCACGUACGCUUCCCAUUCCCCUUGUUGUCUGACACAAGAGAAACUGCUCUCAUCUAGGUCCUAUUUCUUUUUGUGUUUAGAGAAUUUGAAUUUUUCCUAAAUGUUUAAUUGUGGUAUCAUUUCACCUUAAAAUGGACAUAGUAUGAAUAUGGUUGAUUUUGACUUGUUUGAAUCCUGGAAAGGGUGUAUAUUGUCUUUCUUCAUGUUUAUAAUGUCUUCUUCUUUCUGUCUGUCCUAAAUGCUUAUCAAAGCAAUUUUGCCGAAGGGGCCAAUUCUAUACAAAAAGCACGCUACCAAAUAACCUUAAACACAAGGUUGCAGUAAAACAAUUUUGGCAUUGCCUGAGUUUCAUUUUUUUUUGCAUUGCCUUGACCCAUAGACUGUAGUCGUGCUAUUCAUGAAAACGAGGUUGGCGACAAAAAAAGAAACAAGUAUUUUACUCCAAGUAUUGAAAAACAUCAAGAUUGUAUUAUUAGUACUUUCUUGCACUCAUAGGUUUACUGUAUGUGAAUAUUUGAUCAAUACAUCGAUCAAUGCCCUGCACUUUUGUCAAACUUGUAUCCCUUUUGAAACUGCCACCAUUACACCCCCAACAUCCUGUACCCAAGUGCUUGUAGUUUAUCUAAUGCAGGACAGAAUUAUUUUGCCAUGUUGCAAAUGUGAGCUUGUCAGUUUGUAAGUGAGAGCUUAAGGGAAGAAUAAAAUUCAACUUUUUCAACUCUCAAAAGUCUGGGGAUGGGCAUUAGAUGUGCUAAUGUGCACUCUUUUAUUAUGCAUAUAUCAUGCUGUUUUGUGGGAAUUGCUUCCUCUUCCAGCAAAAGUAGUUGUGCUGUUGAACUUGUGUUUUUUUGCAAAUGUAAAUGUCUAUGUGAGGGACUUGUUAUUGUCCUAUUGAUGUUGUAUUUUCUAAUGUCUGAUGCAUCGGUGCCAAAAGAUCUCUAGCACUGGAUGGGUUCAAAUCUUUCUUCACUUAGUGUUAAGUUCUACAGUGUGUUGAUUAGUCCUGCAAAUGUAUGACGAUCACUAUUGUGAUACAAGACUUUACUUUGGGGGAAAAAAUAAAAAUGCCUUGAUUGCUGUUGAUAUCAAA